AUGAAAAUUCAAAAGUAGCUUAUACUUAUUGGACUCUUAGGACUAGUCCUAAUUUCUUGCCAAGGUAGCGGUUCCGAUCAAGGUGGAGGGGAUUAGCCACCUAGUGAUGGUGGAAAUACAGAACCUGUUGCACCAGAUAAUGGGAAUAACUAAACAGGACCAUAAAAUUAAACAGAAGCCUAAAACCAAACUGAUUAAAAUGGCGGUGGAGGUGGUGCUACUACUAAUAUAACAAAUGGUGGAGAUGCCUUACUGUAAGCAAUUGGAUAGCUCGGUUAAUCUCUUAAUGGCUCAGUCUAUCCAGUUGGAGCCGCCGACAAUAUCAUUUCUGCACUGAAUAAUCUGUGGGUUUAAUCUUAGUAUAUUUCUGCAGCAGCAGAUAUUGUGACUUCUUAGAGUCCAGAUUCGAGCAGUGGAGGCAGUAGUGGUUCUGGUGAUUAAGCUACAUUUAGUUCAGAUUAAUAAUAAACUACAGCAUCUUUGAGCUAAAGAUAAACUUGGAUUGACUAAGCGAAUGCUGCUGACGAUAGAAUGUACGGAGUUGUCGAUUAACAAUUGGUGAUACUAUUUUCAGCUAUAAAUGAAUAAUAAUGCUAUAAUGCUUAUACAACAGGAAUCUUUGAAAUAUUUGUAGGUUGGACUAAAUAUAGAAACUUGCUUUUGGGAUUAAAUUUGACUGAUCCAUUAUCACUUCAAAGUUUUUGCCUGGCUGAGAAAGGAAAUUUAGAAUCGAUAAUUAAUAAUAUGGCAUCAUUGAUUAGCGGAGGUGGAGAAUGUGAUGCUUUACAAGUACUAUACGAUGGAAGCUAGGAGAGUAAUAUCUAUACUGGGUGGAGAGAUAAUUUAGAUGAUAAAGCAGGCUAUAUAAUAAUGUAUCUUGCAGAGGGAUAUGUUGUACUUUCCGCUUGUAAUCAAUAUGAGGUGCAAGCAUAAUAAAAUCAAAAUAAUAGUAGCAAUGCUGAUAACUCCUCAGGUUCUUCUAACUCUUCAGAACCCUCAGGAGACAGCUAAUUGACUCAAUUGGUAGACUACUCUUCCCAACUGCAAAGCCUAAUCGAGAGAGUCAUUCAGUUUGACAGGCAAGCUAAGCAAUCCGUCAUGCAGACAGUCGGCCAAAACUUGAACCUACUUUUGAAGCAAAACCAAGGACUCAGUCCAGAAGUACUAGCCACCAACCUCAAUGGAUACUUCAUCCCUAUCAUCUACAGUCAAUAUCUGUGGUAGCUAGGAGUCGUUUACUCGAAUGCCUCUGAGCAAGACUUCUUCUCGAAUUGCUGGUCUUGCGUUACAGUUAUUUAGGGAGACUACAGAGCUACAGUUUCUUGGGUGAGUCCAAACACCACUGCCUCUCUUUAAGCACAGGAUUUACAAGUGCUUAUCCAGUCAGGUAGCUCAGCAGAGGAUAAUUCUAACUCAAUAUUUGCAAAUUUAGGAAACUGUACCAGUGGUGUAUGGAUUUUCAAUUCUUCGAACCCAUAUUUUGUCAGUUCCUAAUUCAGUGAAAGACUUAUCUAUUCCCUAGGAUAGGAGUACGAUAUCUUUGCUUGGGGUGUUUAGGAAGAUUGCCGUGGACAACCAUUACAAGGGGUCUAUUGA